UGGAUUUGCCACCUUUCUACUCUUUCUUUGCCAACCUUCAAAUAUAUACCAUACUUCUUUUAGAAAAUCCCUUAUAUAUUCCCUUCCCAAACCUCUCUUUUCCCAAGCAGCUACCAGAUAUCUUCUUUCACAUUCCUUUAAUUUCCUCCUCCUCUCCAUUGUCAAAAUGAUGGGUAGGAAUAAUGCUGUUUUGUUGGGAUUUGUUAUCUGCAUUAUCGUCGCUGGAGUUGGAGGUCAAGCACCUCCAACACCUCCUACCACUAACCAGGCUCCUCCAACACCCACUACCCAAGCACCACCUACACCCACUACCCAAGCUCCCCCAACACCAACUACCCAAGCUCCACCUACACCCACUGCUUCUCCUCCUCCAGUUAGCACCCAAACGCCACCGGCUCAGCCACCACCAACUGCUUCACCACCCCCCACAGUUUCAUCCCCACCUCCUAUAGUAACUUCUCCACCACCAGCACCUCCUACUCCUACUGCUUCUCCUCCUCCACCAGUGAACUCUCCACCUCCUCCGGCAGCACCUUCUCCUGCGCCACUUGCAUCAACUCCUGCUCCAGCUCCUGCGAAGAAAUUGACUUCUCCAGCACCAUCUCCUUUAGGAUUUAGUCCUCCCGCUGGAGCACCAGCCCUAGCCCCGAGUCUUGGAGCUUUAUCUCCUGCCCCUUCAGCUACUGAUCAGAGCGGAGUGGAGGGCCUGAAGAUAUCAACAAUUGUUGUGAAAAGCUUGGUCUUAGGAUGGGGUCUACUCUGCUUUCUAAUGUAGAGCUCUCUUUUCAUCCUGCAUCAUUUGUUUUAGUUUGCCUCUAUAUGUAUGAAUUGCUAUCUCUUUAUUUAGCUUAGGAUGAUGAUGAUGAUGGCCCAUUUCCUUGCCUGUACUUGGAUUAUAUAUUCACUUCGAUUUUUUUGGAGGAUCUUGUUAAGGGGAGCUUAAUUUUUGUAUUUUGAGAGGAUUGUAUUUUAAUUGAAGUUUCUAUAUAUUGUUUUA